UCUUGUAUACGGGUGCGAAGCUCUUUUACAGCGAUUCUUAAAAUUUCGCAAAGACAAACUUUAGUAAAAUGGAAAAAUUCAUCAUGAAUCUUUUUCAACACACCGAAAAUCUAGGGUCAUUGACUAGAAGGAUUGUCCGUGAGAAGUAUGAGGCUCACAUUGGCAGAGGUCUGGUGUCAGUAGAGGAGAAGGACCAACUGAAGGCAACAAUAAUGAAAGCAUUAUCAGAAAUUGCAUCCAGGAAUGCUUGCAAGGAACGUGUAAACCAGGAUCUGAAUGAAGGAAUCAAAGAGAAAAAUGAAGAGAAACAGGUUGAAGAAUCUGUUGGGGCUGAGAAAACUCCAGAGAAAAAGCAACAAAGAAAGAAAUGUAAUGAAACCAUUCAGCCUGACUCUGAUCUGGAAGAAACUCCCCCUAAAAAGUUCAUGCAAGUGAAGAAAAGGAAAGGAGUUUCGGCAAACAGGAAAUCUGAUUUUGAUAAUAGCCAAAAACUUAAACAAAUCAAAACUAAAACAGUGUUUUCAAGUACAGAUUCUGAUAGUGAAGUAACCCCUCAGAAGAAGUGUUCAAACCAGAAGGAUGAUCCUUCAGAAACAGAUUCAGAAAUGGAUGAAAGUCCAAAAAAUAUACCCAGGAAGAGGACGAAAAGUAUUUCUUCAGAUUCUGACUCUGAUGGAGAAGAAAAUCCACAAAAGAAGGAGCGAAACAAAAAGCCUGUCUUUGCAGAAUUAGAUUCAGAUGGUGAAGAAGGGAAAGUUGUCAUUUCAGACUCUGAGUCUGAAAAUGAAAAGAUUCCAGAGAAAAUGCAGGUAUCAAGUAAAACAAAUCAAAAUAGACCAUCUGAUGACAAAAAGGUGGCAAAGUAUUCCACCAAUCACAGGAGACUUAAAGCAGAUGAAGUUGCCAAAGUACUUUCUAGUGAGUCUGAAAAAUCAGAUUCAGAAAUAGAAGAAGUUCAUCUCUCUGGUAAUGACUCAAACUCUUCUGAUAGUGAACCGCAUGUUAGGGUAAAACCAGCACUUUCAAAGAAAAAAAGCGAAAAAGGGAAACAUUUAGAUAAAAAUAGAGUAACUGAUAAACCCAAACAUGCCAACAAGAAACAUAAAAAUGAAAAAAACUCCAAACCAUCAAGUAAAAAGCAAAGGAGAGUUUUGCCUAAAGAAGAUGACUCAGACACUGACUCUGAACCAUUGGCUAAAAGAUCUAGGAAAGCCACAGUCAACUCCAGUGAUUCUGCAGAAAAUGAAAAAGAAAAUGCAAGUUCCCAUCAGCAGUCUCUGAAGAAAAAGAGAAAGCGACCUUUUAAAAACCCAUCGAAAUGUGAAUCAGCUGACAGUGACUCGGAACCAGUGGCUAAAAAGACUAAGACAGAAAAAAGGAAAUCAUCUGUUUCCAAAGCUUACACUGAGACAGUGGACGAAAAGAAGGAAAAUGGCAGCAUGUCUUCAGACAGCAAAUGUCAUGCUGAUUCAUCAAUAUUAAUGGUCAAAGAAAAUGGAAAUGAAUCUGAAUUUGAGAAUGGCGUCAAAGAAUUGAGGGAAAAAAAUAUUGACACUGACUCAUUGACUGCAAAUCUUAGAAAAGAUGUCACUAGUUCAUCUGAUAGUGAAAGUGAUACUAAGCCAGUGCCUAAAAGGGCAAAGAAAGAAAAUGCUGAUUCUGGCAAUUCUGAGGAAGAAUCCCAGAAGUCCAGUGGAUCAAGAAAGAUGUCAAAGUCUGCUAAGGAAAAGAAAGCUGAACCUGGAGAAAAGCACUAUACAAACUUGAAGAGGAUUUUGCGGACAGCAGGACUGGGGGCCCCCAAAAUAUGGCAGGAACUAGCUGGGUUAAAGAAUAAUAAGCAUCGAAUAGUAAGAAUCAAGAAAAUAUUAGAGGAUGCUGGAAUGAAAGGGACGCCAAGUCUUCAAAAGGCAGAAGCAUUAAAGCUGAAGAAAGAGAUUGCAGAACUGCAGAAAGAGAGCAAGAAUAUCACCAAAGAUACAGGUGGAUCACGAAGGCGUAAUGUGUAUAGUCGCUAUGCCACUGAGCCUUCACCCUUCAGUACCACAAAUAAGCCUGCAACAAAGCCACAUACCCCUGCCAAGCAGAAGUUUGUCAGACUGAAAGGAAUUAUUGACAGUGAGGGAUCUUCAGACUCAGACUGAAUCAUUAAAGUGAACAGAUGCAAAUAAGGUGUGCCUGUCUCUUUCAACAACUUGAUUUAAAGUUAAAUUUUCUCAAUCCCAAUUAAGAGAUACAGAAAUCUUUGCAAAAAUAUAAAAGAAAAAACGAGUGAAAAAAAGCAACAAAAAAAAAAGACAAAAACCCAACCCUGUUCUGUAUCAAAGCACCAUUAUGAAAAUUACUUGUUUAUGAUAAUUUCUUGUUAUCUUUACUUUUUUAUUUUACAGAAAUGAUUCUGACAGUUAAAUGAUAAUUAUGCCUAUCAGUAGUUAUGAUGAUGUUUUUUCCAUUAACUUUUUGAAGUUUUGUAAAAAAAAAAAAAAAAAAAACA